AUGGACACCUGGCACCGCCUACCCUCCCUGGAAACCUUCUCCAGCUAUGAGGACAUGCAGCGCUACUUUGAUCAGCGGAAUCUGCGCAGCAUGCGGCACAUCGACAAUCCCACAGACGACAGCUAUCUGGCCGCCUUCAACCAGUACAACGAUCAGUCGGAGUCGGAGGAUCGGUCGCAGGUCCAUCGCUCCCGCACCAAGCGGGAGGAGCGGAAGCUGCCCAGCGCCCCCCGAAUGCUGCGAUUCGAGCUAUCCGACGCCGUGGAACCCAGCGACGAAGUGAAGCAACUCCUGCGGCAGCAUCAUUCGAGGGCUCUCAAGGAGAGCCCCACCACAGAGGGCGCACCGCCGGCCAUCACCAGCCAAGCCCCAAAAAGCCAGCGCUCUAAGCGCAAGCCACGCCGCCAGAGACGCUCCACCAUUGGCCAGCAACCAGCGGACUUCAAGGCUAUGAUGAUUCCCUUCCAAGAGACCGAUGCCCGAGAACCCGAUCCCAUUACAGCGACGCUGAUUCGAGAGGCCAGGAUCCUGGAUCUCCAGAGUCAGGCCACCAAGACAGAGCCAUCAAAGAAGUCCCAGAAGCAUGGCUUCCAGGUGCGCAUACGCAAGACAAAGCGCUCCAAGCGAUCGGCUGCCGCCCCCCUGCAGAUGUUCAAGUUCGAGAUGUCGGACGCCAAGGCCAUGCCACAGCCACAGCCACAGCGGUCCGGUAAACAGCUGCAGGCCACGCCCACACUCCUCACCAUGGAGACCCGUCCAGAGAACAGAACCCAGAGCCAGAGCCAGAGCCAGACCCCUACCACUCCCACCCCCAGGCAGGAGGAUAAUGCGAUCCUCAAUGGCGAGUCCACAGCGGAGACCAAGCGAAUGUACGUGUACAAGGAGGCGCCACCCAGUCCGGUCCACGGGAAGAGCAAAAAGUCCCUGAGUGGCCUGCCCCACGAAGUGCAGAAGGUGAUCGGCCAGCUAAUGAAGGAGGGGCACGGCGGCAAGGCGUACAUCAAGUAUCUACCGGCCCAGAAAUCGGAGUACGAGCACUACAAGAUAAAGCCCCUCUCCGCGCUCUCGGGCUACGGCCUCAAGCCCAGCUCCUACAUGAAGUACAUGCCCAGCACAGUGCAGACCAAGCUGGUGGAAUCAUCGCCAGCGCCAGUCCAUGUCCCGGCCCCCGUCCACGUGCACAUCCAGCCCGUGCCGGUGGUCGAGCAGCUGCGGUACUUCCACUACAAGCCGAGCUACGCGAAUGUUUACCCUGCCCCACAGACCAUCGCCCAGCACCCGAUUGUGGUGCAGGAGGCUGUGCCCCAGGUUGAGGAAGUGCACCACCACACGUACACGGCGGAGCUGGCUGCCCCCGCACCUGCCCCUGCGCCCGCUCCGACCCAAGCGAUUGAUGUAAUUGUGCCCCAGUUCCGGCCCUCGAAGCCGGACCCGCUGCAGGAGGAGUACCAUGCGGAGCCCCUCUACGGCAAGGCCCUGGAACCGUACCAAUACGAGAUCCAGCACGAGCCAGGUCCCUCGGCCGCGCCGCUGAUCAAGAUCGAGUACCAUGCCCAGGCGGACAGCAUCAAGGAGCACUACAAGCAGCUGCCCGAGUUCCAGCAGCUGUCGACGCUCGUUGGCAAGUCGCCGGACGACCAGAUCCACGGCCUCACCUACCUCCUGGCCAAGGAGAUGCAGGCCAAGCUGCAGCGCCAGGGCAAGCAGCUGAUGAUGGAUCGCCCCCAGGACAGCACGGCCCCCAUACUCUUCCAUCCCGGCCAGGUGCAGGCUCCGGCUGCAGUUCCCACCCUCAAGACGCUGGCGGACUUGGGCGGCGGCUCCCUUGGAGUGCAACAGGGCCGACUGAUUGGCAUGGCCAAGACGAAGCAGUACGUGCCGAUCAUUGAGUCGGGUAACAACGAUGUCAAGGAGCUGCCCGCCGUACCCAGCAGCGUGGCCCCAAAGCUGCCGACUCCCAGCUCCUUCAUCGACUACACCCCCGGCCAUGGCUUGUCGCACGGGUACGAGGGGGUAAGGGAUGAUGAGCGGCCCGUGACCACAGUGGAGCAUGUGGUGCAUCAUCCCACGCUGGAUGCGGAAAAGGGUGUGAAUGGCCUGCAUUUGGUGAACAGUCAGGAGGACAAGUCGGUGAGUCCCGCUUUGGAUCUGUUCCGACAUCCACUUCCGUUUUAG